AUGGCAUUGCAAGAAGGCAAGGUCAAGAGCGUGCUCUCUGGCGACACUCUGAUCCUGCAAAACAAGGCGAGACAAGAGCGCACAAUCAGCUUGGCCUUCAUCAACGCGCCUCGCCUGCAAUCUGAUGAGCCGUGCUCCUUCGAAUCGAGAGACUUCCUCCGCAAGCUUGUCGUGGGCAAAAUCAUUCGAUUCUCCGUGCUGUACUCGAUCCCGCAGAAAGUUGGCGGAGCAUCACGCGAGUAUGCGCUUGUUCAACUGGCAGAUGGAAAACAAUUGCCUGACCUGAUUGUGCAAGAGGGCUGGGCGAAGCUGCGAGACGACGCCGACCGCAAAGCAGAGGCACCCCAAGCUGCAGAACUGCUCUCACGGCUCGAAGUGCUCGAAGCACAGGCAAGAGCCGAUGACAAGGGAGUUUGGAGCCCAAAGCCAUCGAUCGUGAACAAUGUGCGCGACUUGCCUGACGCCAAGGCUUUUGCGGAAGAGCACAAGAACCAGGCCAUUGAGGCAGUCGUCGAGCGUGUGCUGAGUGGAGACCGCUUGAUCUGCCGCCUCAUGCUCACGCCGACUCAGCAUGUGCAGACGACUGUGCUGAUUGCAGGGCUGCGAGCACCAACGACUGCGAGAACGAACCCGUCGGACGGCUCAACCCAGCCUGCCGAGCCAUUUGGAAACGAGGCGCAACAGUUCGUGGAGGAUCGAUUAUUACAACGUGGUGUGCAGGUGCGCAUACUUGGCGUUUCGCCCAACAACUUGCUUGUAGGUGAAGUGCGGCAUCCAGUCGGCAACAUUGGGGAAUUUCUGCUCAAGGAAGGACUCGCUCGCUGCGUUGAUCAUCACUCGACAUGGCUUGGAGCUGAGAUGGGCAAGCUACGACAAGCAGAGCGUUCCGCGAAAGAGCGCCAGGCUGGUCUAUUCAAGGGCACUAGCACCACACCGCGGGCUGGGAGCGAGCAAGAGGCUGUCGUGAGCAGAGUCUUUUCGGCAGACACUUUGUUCAUCCGAAAUAAGGCCGGACAAGAGAAGCGAAUCAACCUGAGCAGUGUCCGCCAGCCAAAGCCAACGGACCCAAAGCAGGCCCCAUUCAGCGCUGAUGCCAAGGAGUUCCUGCGAAAGAAGCUCAUCGGUAAGCAUGUAAAGGUGACAAUUGAUGGCAAGCGACCAGCUACGGAAGGAUACGACGAGCGUGAAAUGGCGACUGUGUCGCAGAAUGGCAAGAACGUGGCUCUCAUGCUCGUCGAGAGUGGUUACGCCUCUGUGAUCCGUCAUCGAAUGGACGAUGCGGACCGCAGCCCAAUCUACGAUGAACUGCUCGCAGCUGAAGAAGCAGCGCAAUCCGAGCAGAAGGGCAUGUGGGCACCGAAGCCACCGAAGGUGCAGAGCUACGUCGACUACAGCGAGUCUUUGGAGAAGGCUAGGCGUCAAUUAACCAUGCUUUCCAACAAGAAGAAGGUGCCUGCUGUCGUUGACUUCGUCAAGUCCGGCAGCAGAUUUACCGUUCUUAUACCUCGCGAGAAUGCUAAGCUUACUUUCGUGCUGGGUGGCAUUCGCGCCCCGAGAAGUGCUCGCGGACCAAACGACUCGGCAGAGCCUUUCGGACAGGAGGCCCAUGACUUCGCCUCGAAGCGCUGCAACCAACGCGACGUGGAAAUUGAUGUGCACGAUACCGACAAGCAGGGUGGCUUCAUUGGGGACCUUUACAUCAACCGCGAGAACUUUGCCAAGAUUCUUGUUGAGGAAGGUCUUGCAUCAGUACAUGCAUACAGUGCUGAGAAAUCAGGCCACGCAAACGAGCUCUUCGCGGCUGAGCAGAAGGCAAAGGAGGCUAGGCGUGGCCUGUGGCAAGACUGGGAUCCUUCGCAGGAAGCUGCUGAGAACGGCGAAGACUAUGAGGAGGUCAACGGUACCAAUGGUACCAAUGGCGACGCAGCCUUGCAACCACGCGCGCGCAACUACAAGGAUGUCACUGUCACUUACGUCGACCCGACCAGUGCUCGCCUGAAGUUGCAGUACAUCGGCUCCGGACAGGCAAACCUCAACUCGCUCAUGAAGGAGUUCGCUUCCUUCCACAUCUCUCCUGGAAACAACAAAGGCCUCGAUGGAGCACCCAAGGCCGGUGACAUUGUUUCAGCCAAGUUCUCUCAGGAUGGUGUAUGGUACCGCGCACGGAUUCGACGCAAUGACCGUGAAAACAAGACCGCUGAAGUUGUAUAUAUCGACUAUGGCAACUCCGAAACGCAGCCUUGGAGCCAGCUGCGCCCUCUUGACCAGGCUAAAUUCGGACCGGAUCGCCUGAAGGCCCAAGCAGUCGAUGCCGCGCUUUCCUUUGUGCAAUUUCCGACUGCAGCGGAGUACCUUUCUGAGACGGUCAACAUGAUUAACGACAUCACGGUGGAUCGUGAGCUUGUUGCCAACAUUGACUACACGGACACACGAGACAAUCUGCUUUACGUGACGCUCAUGGAUCCAAAGUCUUCAACUUCGCCUACCGAUAGCAUCAACGCUGAAGUAGUGACUGAGGGUCUGGCUAUGGCUCCUAAGAAGCUGCGCCCAUUCGAGCGUUCUGCGCCUGAAGUUCUCGCCGACCUAAAAAAGCGAGAGGCUGAGGCCAAGGCUGACCGCCGCGGUAUGUGGGAGUACGGCGACUUGACCGAGGACUGAAUUACAUAUCUGUAUCAUUAUAUCUGGGCAUGAGCACGAAAGGGUAGGAUAAAAGCUAUUGGUUGCUCUUGCAUGGUGAGUUGAGAGCAUUGAAUUUAAGCAAAGUGCAUGCGUUGCAUAGCGACAACUGUAGCAUAUGAAUCGAAGGCUUCAUGAUCCGUC